AUGGGAGAGAAAGAAGAGGAAAUGCAGUGCGACUCUUGAAAAGCCCACACACGUUCAGAGUUCCUCUCCUGCUUGAAAAUGCCCAGCUACACGGUGACUGUAGCUACUGGCACUCAGUGGUUUGCUGGCACCGAUGAUUAUAUUUAUCUUACUCUGGUGGGCUCUGAGGGCUGCAGUGAAAGGACCCUGCUGGAUAAACCCCUCUACAACGACUUCGAGAGAGGAGCGGUGGACUCAUAUGAUGUCAGCGUAGGAGAGGAUCUUGGUGAAAUUCAGCUGGUUAAAAUUGAAAAGAAGAAAUACUGGAUGCACGAUGACUGGUACUGCAAAUACAUUACGGUGAAGACACCCUAUGGAGAUUAUGUGGAGUUCCCUUGCUUCCGCUGGCUGGUUGAUGACAAAGAGGUGAUCCUCAGAGAUGGCAGGGCUCGAUUGCCACAGCACGACAAGACCGGAGUGGCGAAACAGCACAGGCGCAAAGAACUGGAACAGAGACAGAAGACAUACAGAUGGAAAGAAUGGCAUCCUGGCUUCCCGAUGAGUAUCGACUGCAAAGCCCAUAAAGAGCUUCCACGGGACAUUCAGUUUGACAGCGAGAAAGGAGUGGACUUUGUGCUCAACUACAGCAAAGCGAUAGAGAAUCUGUAUGUAAACCAGUUCAUGCACAUGUUCCAGUCCUCAUGGGGAGAUUUUGCAGACUUUGAGCGGAUAUUUGUGAGAAUUAAGAACACAAUAUCAGAAUAUGUGAUGGAGCACUGGAAAGAAGACUUCAUGUUUGGAUACCAGUACUUGAAUGGCUGUAAUCCAGUGGUAAUCAAAAAAUGCACUGAAAUUCCUGACAAGUUUCCAGUCACAUAUAAGAUUGUGGAAGACAGUCUGGAGAGGGGUCUCACACUGGAAGAAGAGCUCAAGGAAGGAAACAUCUUUAUUGCUGACUAUGAGAUAAUGGAUGGUGUCACUGCCAAUUCUACAGACCCGUGCACCCUUCAGUACUUGGCGGCACCCAUGUGCCUGCUGUAUAAGAACAGUCAAAACAAAAUAAUGCCGAUCGCCAUCCAGCUGCAUCAGAAACCAGGAGAGGACAAUCCCAUCUUCCUUCCCAGCGAUGAUGAGUAUGACUGGUUGCUGGCCAAAAUCUGGGUGAGAUCUUCAGACUUCCACGUCCAUCAGACAGUCACUCAUCUCCUCAGGACGCAUCUGAUUUCUGAGGUCUUCGGCAUAGCCAUGUUUAGACAGCUGCCUGCAGUUCACCCUGUUUUUAAGCUGCUGUUACCACACAUCCGUUUCACCAUUGCCAUCAACACCAAGGCUCGUGAGCAGCUCAUCUGUGAGUGUGGACUCUUUGACAAGGCUAAUGGGACAGGUGGAGGUGGACACAUAGAACUUGUCCAGAGGUCCAUGAAGGCCUUCACAUACAAGUCCUUGUGUUUCCCAGAGAAUAUAAAAGCACGAGGCAUGGACAGCCAGGAGGAACUGCCAUACUACUUCUACAGAGAUGAUGGUUGCGCAGUCUGGGAGACUGUGAAAAGUUUUGUGUCCGAUGUCGUUGACAUCUACUAUGACAAAGAUGAAACGGUGCAGGAGGAUGAAGAGAUCCAGGCAUUUGUGAAAGAUGUUUGCAGCUUUGGAAUGCAGGAUUUGGACCAAUGUGAAUUUCCCAAGAGUUUGCAAACCAAAGAGGAGCUGGUGGAGUAUCUAACUGUCGUCAUCUUCACUGCUUCUGCACAACAUGCUGCAGUAAACUUUGGCCAGUAUGACUGGUGUUCAUGGAUCCCAAACUCCCCUCCAACCAUGCGGAAACCUCCUCCUUCGAAGAAAGGCGAGGUGGACUUAAAGUAUAUAGUGGAGAGUCUACCUGACCGAGGACGCUCCUGUUGGCAUCUGGGAGCUGUUUGGGCCCUCAGUCAGUUUCAAGAAAAUGAGUUGUUCCUAGGCAUGUAUCCAGAUGAACACUUUAUUGAGAAACCGGUGAAAGAGGUCAUGGUAAAAUUUGGCAAGAAACUUGCAGAAGUGAGCAAAACCAUCAAGAACCGAAAUGAGGGAAAGAAGCUGCCAUACUACUAUCUGUCUCCAGACAGAAUCCCAAACAGUGUGGCUGUCUGAUUCAUCAGAAGUGCUACACUAGUAGUAGCAAGUGUUUAUGGGUUUAAAAAAACAACAUAAAUUAUAUGUUAGAAUGAUUAGCCCUCCUGAAUUAUUAGCCCCCUGUAUAUUUUUUCCACAAUUUCUGUCUAACACAAAAGCCCCUUUCACACAGUGAUACCAUUCCAAAAUACCGGUAAAAUCUGACAUCAUUAACCAGAAACGACCUCUAAACGGCUGCGCUUGUACAUAUAAACACAGAAUGGGUCGGGCUUUUGUUGAUGAUUGAUGGUACAUAAUAUGUGUGUGUGCUGGCGCUUACCGACUACUUCACAUGCACACGUGGCAGAGUUUGAAGGUAAACAAACAGCGGUUUAUCAUAAGCAUUUUAUCGAUAAUUUUUACAAAGUUGCAUCAAGAUGGAACAUAGAAACAAGAGGUGUGAACCUACACUGGUCUCACGGCUCGAUUCGGUUAUGAUUAUCAUGCCAUCAAUUCAGUACAAUUCGAUAUCUUGGUGCGUCACAGUGCAUUGACGAUGCUUUCCAUACACAGUUUUAUAUUUUUUUCACAGCACAGCAAUUCUUGUAUUAAAAUGUAAAAACAUAUUUAUAUUUAUAUACUAUGUGUAAUACAAUUGUGUCCUUUAAUACAAACAGUCAGAUAUAUAAACUGUACCUUUAAACAAAUUGAGCAUUUAUAGCAAAUAAACAAAUAUAAAUAUCCUGCUCGCUUUCUGAGCCUUGUCUACCAAGUUCUUUCUUACACCCCUUUGAUUGGUCACACGCUUUACAGAAAGCGCUGCAAUUGGCUCUUAUGCGCUGGUGCUCUUCACAGAUGAGUGACACUGAUAAACUGCAGCAGCGAUCACAGCUGAUCCAUGAUAGACAAGGUGGAGAAAAUUCUGCAGACAUGCGCUCGUGUCAGUAUCCAGAAGUAUCGCUGUAACCGAAGCCGAAAGGAGAGGAAAAGUCACGCCAGCAGGUCAAAUGGGCCAAAGCGAGAGAAAGAGAGAGAAAUGGAGUACUUUCAUUUUCUCAAUCGCAGUGAAAUAGGGGCUUCUGCUGUAAGUGUCAGUGAAAGAAUGUCCAGCAAACACACACGCAGUUAAAUUGUAAAUACUCACGCUCGCCUCCCUCGCCAUAGUAAGCUACGGCGACAUAGCGCAUAUGAGAUUAAUGACAUCAGAACAUAAUAACUGGUUUUGAUUAUUACUGAACCGAUACCGAAUUGGUGCACCGAAGAAACAAUUAAUUUUGACAACCCUAAUUGAAACAUUAUCUGACUAACAUCUAUAAGCUAAACGUGUCUGGAAAAAUAUUCAAAGGCUUUUGUUUUCAUAAACCACGUGGAUGUGAAUGCAUCUGAAUGUUCUGAUUGGCUGGAGUACACGUCUCACGUCAGCGCGUUCUAAUCAUGAAGUACUUCUACAAUACAACUGCAGUACUAAUACUACUUUUCCUGCUCGGUGGGCAAUGGUUUCCAAAUGAGGUUUCAGUACUUCAGUUGUAUUGCUGAAGUACUACCAAGAUACCUUGUAUUGCACUUUUCAGAAGUAUAGCUAACUAAAUACAUCUACAAUACUGCAAUAGGGUAUAUGCAGAAGUAUGCUAAAGGACUUUUAAUUUGUCAGUAACCUGGGUUUAGCACUUCUGGUGAACUGUAUGCCAUUACAAAAUCGGCGCGUUUAAGGUCUGUUUUCUUUAAAAAUCAGCUAUCUCCACUAGCUAAAUGUGAUAUCUGAUAUAAAGUGGGUCUUUGUACAAGAAGCACUGCAUUAAAUUACAUUUUUCCCCACCAUGUCUUUAAAAUAUGAACACUUAUUUUACCGCAGUAUAUUCAAUAGAGCUUCUCCGCUAGCCUGCAGAUUCUGAUGGCUUUUUUAUUUAUUUAAUUUUUUAUUUAGAAAUUUAAAACUGCUUUUAUUCUAGCCAAAAUAAAACAAAUAAGACUUUCCCCUGGAAGAAAAAAUAUUAUAGAAAAUACUAUAAAAAAUUCCUUGCUCUGUUAAUUUGGGAAAUAUUUGAAAAAGAAAACAUAAUUCGGAGGAGGGCGAAUAAUUUUGACUUGAACUGUAUAUAUGGGUAAAAUAAGUAUUGGACAUGCUGUUGACUUGAAAUUUAUACCAGAUGUUGGUAACAGGCCAACAUCUGUAAUCCAUACAAAGAUGACAAUACUUGUUGUUACAAAGAUGUUCAAUAACCGCUGUAUAUAAAUGUUGCCAUAUGUAAAGUAUCAGAAAUAUCAUAAUUCCAUAUAAUUUACAGUUUUUGAGUUUUAUUAAUAUUUCCCAGUAAUGUGUUGCAGCUGGAAGGGCAUCCGCUGCAUAAAACAUAUGCUGAAUGAGUUGGCGGUUCAUUCUGCUGUGGCGACCCCAGAUUAAUAAAGGGACUAAGCCGAAAAGAAAAUGAAGGAAUGAAUGAGUUUUAUUAAUAAUAUUAGUUUUAAUGAUAAAGUUUUAGCAAUAAAUGUUUUUUAUGUUCUUUAAUUAACCUAAUGUCAAUAAUUUGAUAUGUCUUUGUUUUCUAUUUGCAAACAUGGCUUUUUUCAUGUAACAGUAUCUUUUUAUCACGUAUCGGAUUUCAGUGUCAAACUCUGAGUGUGAAGCAGCUUGUGUGAAAACAGUGUGAAAUGUUUUAUUGCAAUAUUGUUCUUUUUAAGAUUUUAAGAUUGAUUAAAUACUUUUGUAAAUGUCUAGUAAAGCUCUGUAGUAGAUAGCUUGUUUAAACCUUUCAGACUCUGGAUAAAUGAUCCUCUGUGAAUAAACAGGCAGCUGUUUUAUAACACAA